AUGGCAUCUGAAUUUCAUGCUCUCAUACAAAAUGGUGCGUGGAAGCUUGUUCCUUAUGAUUCUUCUAUGAAUGUUGUUGGCUCUAAGUGGGUUUACAAAAUUAAGAGAAAACUUGAUGGUUCUAUGGAACGAUACAAAUCCAGACUAGUAGCUCAGGGUUUCUCUCAAGUUCCUUAUGUCUACUUCACUGAUACUUCCAGCCUAGUUGUUAAGCUAGCCAUUGUCCGUACGAGUUUCUCUCUUAAGGAUCUCGGAUCUCUACACUAUUUUCUUGGAGUAGAAGCUCAACGAGACAAGACUAGACAGUUUCUUUCUCAACGGCGUUACAUUCUGGAUCUCCUACAAAAAACUAAUUUGGCAGCCUCUAAACCCUUGACCAUGCUUAUGGCUCCCACGUCUAGAUUGUCUAAAUUUCAAGGGGACCCGCUUCUUAAUCCUACUCAGUAUCGCAACAUUGUUGGGGCCAUGCAGUAUGCUACACUUACACGUCCAGAUGUGGCAUUUGCGGUGAACAAAGCUUGUCAAUUCCUUCAGAACCCGACCAAUGGUCAUUGGACAAUAGUGAAACGCAUUCUGCGUUAUCUCAAAGUUACAAUUGAGCAUGGGCUAUUUUUUGCAUUUAAUUCUCCUAGGUAUUUAGUUGCUUUUUCAAAUGUUGAUUGA